AUGUCCAACCUCCCCUCUCAGCAUCCCACGCUCGCCCUCCACCUCACCGACCUCACCCUCACCCCGCUCAUCACCUCCGCCUCGUCGCCCGCCCACCUCGAGUCCCUCACCUCCCUCACCUCGAGCGCAAUCACCGCCCAGACCGCCGCCCAGCGCGCCAACCUCGGCCGCCCCCAGCGCAUCAUGGUCGAGUACCCGGACUCGGGCGCCGUCGUCCUGCAGUCCUACCUCGACCCGCGCGAGUCGGGCGGCGGCGGCGGCGGUGUCUUGGAGAGUGAGGCCGGGUCCGUCUCCAAAUACAAGCACGAUCACGGCCACGGCCACGGCCACGACGCCGAGGCUGACGUCGAUGUCGAUGUCGAUGUCGAUGUCGAGGCUGACGAUGCGACCGCCAGGACGGCCGACGACGCCGGUCCGCCCGUGCUCAUCGGCGUCGUCGUCGCCGCUUCGUCGGACGAUGCGAGGGAAGCCAGGCGCGCUGCUGCGAGGUUGGAGCGCAUCGGGCGGGAGAUUCAAAAGGAGUGGGCGGCUCAGGGGCUGGACAACGACACCGACGGGAGGAGCACGCCCGAAUGA